AUGCUCUCGCCCUCCUCGUCCUCCGCCCUCACCUCGUCGCCCGCGACCCUCGUCCCGACCCUCGCCGUCGGGGCCCUCCUGCCCGCCAUGAUCCUCGCCCGCGUCUUCUCGCCCGUGCGGUACUACGCCAAGCUCGUCACCUUCCUCGUCGGCUCGGCGAGCGCCUCUGCGUUUGGCGUCGCGUCGUCCCUUGUCAUGGCCGUCCUCGGCCGCCGCGAGGACAUCCAGUGGCUCGUCGCACGGUUCCUCAAGUACACGACCGCGCCCCUCCUCGGCGUCAAGUUCCGCGUCGAGGGCGCCGACAAGCUCGAGACGACCCACCCGGCCGUCCUCGUCGGCAACCACCAGACCAUGCUCGACCUCCUGUACCUCGGCGCCAUCUUCCCGCCCCGGACGACCAUCAUGGCCAAGCGCGAGCUGCAGUGGGUGCCCAUCCUCGGCCAGUUCAUGACGCUCGCAAAGGCCAUCUUUGUCAACCGCGUCAAGCGCGAGGACGCCAUCCGCGUGUUCGACCAGGUCGCAAAGGAGAUGAAGCGGCGCGAGCUGUCGCUCUUCAUCUUCCCCGAGGGCACUCGCUCGGCGUCGGCGGCGCCGUCGCUCCUCCCGUUCAAGAAGGGCGCGUUCCACCUCGCCGUCCAGGCCGGCCUCCCCAUCGUGCCCAUCGUGUGCGAGAACUACGCCCACAUCUACUACUCGAAGGCCAGGCGCUUCAACGCGGGCGAGAUCGUCGUGCGGGUGCUCGACCCGAUCUCGACCGAGGGCGUCACGUCGUCGCACGAAGACAUCACGGCCCUGAUCGAGCGCACGCGCAACGCCAUGCUCGACGCCAUUCACCAGCUCGGGCGCGAGCGUCGCGCGCAGCUCGGCGGGCCCGAGGGUGAGCGCGAGGCGCUGCUGCCGCCUACGCCGAGGGCAUCGAUUGGCGGUACCGAGACCGAGGGCGAGACGGCGAGCGCGCGGUUGCCGGAAGGGACGCAGUAA